AUGAUGGGAGUCGUAGUUCUCCUCAGGUCUGUGGCAUUGCUGGACGCUAAGGCCUUUUUGGGGCUCGUGGUGUGGGCACCGCUGGGGUGCUCUGCUUUGGCCUGCGAAACUCCCCAGCUUUUUCUGGCCUGCGGGGGGUAUCAGCGCUCACCUCCGUGAAACUAAGAAGGAAAGAAUGGCUGUAGAUGAUCUGCCUGCACAGGUGGUGGAGUCUGUGACGUUUGGGGACGUGGCUGUGCUUUUCAGCCAGGACAAGUGGCUGUGUCUGGACUCUGCACAGAGAACUUUGUACCAGGAGGUGAUGCUGGAGAACUACCACAGCCUGGUGUCCCUGGGGAUCCUGUUUUCUGUGCCAGAGGUGAUCUGCCUGUUGUAGUAAGGAACAGAUCCCUGCACAAUGGGAAGAGUAAUUCCUCCAGACACCUGUCUUGAUUUCAAGACUUGGUCUGAAGUAGAAGCAUUGCCUCCCAGACAAGACAUUUUUAUAAAAGAAAUGUCUCAUGAAAUAAUAAAGAAAAAAAUCACUAAGUUUGGUCAUUGGGGCAUCAAGUUUGAAGAAGCUUUGGCAUUUGAGAGCAAAGCAGAACAAGAACAACAGAGGAAACCUUUUAGGCAAAUGGUAGCCUCACAUAAAAAAACCAUCUGUGGUGAUAGAAACCAUGUAAGUCUUGAAUUAGAGAAAGGCUUAUUUAUAAAUACAGUUCUUAUUGCACAACAGAGUUCUCUUAGAGAAAGGACACCUAAUAUAUGUUAUACUUUUGGGAAAGAUUUGAAACAGGAUUUUGAUCUAAUGAAAUGCUCGCAAAUUUAUUCUGGAGAAAAACCUCAUGUUUGUAAUGCUUGUGGGAAAAGCUUCAGUCAAAGUCUUCAUCUUAUUGAGCACCAGAGAAUUCAUAGUGGUGAGCAAUUCAACAAAUAUAAUGAGUGUGGGAAAAAUUUCAGCCAUAGAUCAUCCCUUCUUGUCCAUCAGAGAAUUUAUACUGGAGAGAAACCUUACAAAUGUAAUGAGUAUGGGGAAGCAUUUAGCAGCAGUUCAGCUCUUAUCAAACAUCUGAGAGUGCACACUGGAGAAAAACCAUAUCAAUGUACGGAGUGUAGUAAAGCCUUUAGCCGUCAUUCAACCCUUAGUGUACAUCAGAAAAUUCAUACUGGAGAGAAACUCUAUAAAUGUAGUGAAUGUGAGAAGGCAUUCAGCUGUAGAGGAAAACUUUAUACACACCAAAGAAUCCAUACAGGUGAGAAACCCUAAUGUCGUGAAUGUGGGAAAGGCUACAGCAAGCUCACUCACCUGGCUAAACAUCAGAGGCUUCAUACUGGGGAACAACUGUGCAAAUGUUUGGAAUGUGGGAGAACUUUCACCUGCAUCUCAAGUCUUGUUGAACAUAAGCAGCUUCAUACUGGACAGAAACCCUAUCGGAGUAAUGAAUGUGCGAAAACCUUCAAACAAUAUUCAACCUUUAAUGAACAUUGUAAAAGUCACACUGGGGAGAAACUUUAUACACAUGGAGAAUGUGGAAAAGCUUUUGGAUGCAUAUCCAACCUUUAUAGACAUCAGAGAACUCACACUGGAGAGAAACCCUAUCAGUGUGGACAGUGUGGGAAAUCUUUCAGCCAAUAUUCAAUCAUAACUGAACAUGAGGGAAUUCAUACUAGAGAGAAACUCUAUAAAUGUGUGGAAUGUGGGAAAGCCUACAGUUACAGAUCAAACCUUUGUAGCAAAAAAAUUCAUACUAAAGAAAAAGUUAAAUGGAAGGAAUAUGGGAUCAGAGAUUUCUUAGAGGAGAUAAGCCUUGUGAAGUUUAAUUUGUCUCAAAAAAUUUCAAGACUUCUCAUUGGAAAAUAAUGAGGAGAAUAAUAAAUAAGUCACAGCCUCCUGAUAGAGUAAGUCUUUUUACUUCUCCAGGAGAAAAAAUACCAGUUACUACUAAGUAAUGGUAAAAACUGAUCAGUGAAACUAUGAAGAGCACUGACUUGUCAAAUUUUAUAAGAAAUAUUAAAUUCUAGAUUUCAAAGACAAAAGUUUUUAAAUUCAUAAAAAAAUGUAAAAGCCAAACUUAAAAAAAAACAUGAAAAUAAUGGAAUACAAACUUUGUUUCUUUCUUUAGACUUUACUCCCUUUUUAAGAGUAAGCUUCUAUAUGAAUUUUCUUACAAAAACAGUCAUUUAGUUAUUAAUGUGAAUAAGUGUAGGACCUUAUUUUCUAAGACAUAAACAUAAGAUGUCUCCCUAGACAUAUGUCUCCCUAGACACAGGAUGUGUUCUUUACCAUGAAGAGAAAGUAAAGCUAAAAAUAAAUUUUUUAUAUUCAUAUUUUCA